GUGAAUGCUAAUUACAUGGGCUAGACUGGCUUGACACUACACUGUUGACUUCACACAAUGGCUACAGGUCCCGCCCCCACAAUGCACCUGCUGUCCAAUCAGAAGCGGGGGUUGUCAGGAGGUUGGGGUCGGUGGUCUCUUUUCUGUUGUUGUGUGUGAGAGAGCUGAAAUGGAAAAUGACUUCUAAGCUUUCUCUUUCCUUUUCCUUUUGAAAGUCUCAGUCAAGACAGCAGUCUCCGCACAUUGACUCGGGGAAUCUGUCUGCCUGCCAUGUAACGUUGUGUAUAAGCUUUCCACUUUACAGACAAAAGGUGUCACUAUCAGUGUUUUAAACAUGGCAGCAGAUCUGGCUUUAGUCACUGUUCUUGUUCAGCUUCUUGUUGAUUUGGUGGCAAGUGACAAUAUUGACUUCUACAAUCUCAUGCCUGCUGUAGAAGCCACCCCGUUUCCCAAGAGUUUCAAGUGCUUCACCUGUGAACAGGCCUCAGACAACUACGGCUGUAACCGCUGGGCAGAAGAUGUGUGGUGCCCUCAGAAUACCCAGUACUGUAUGACAAUACAUCACUUCUACCAUCAUGGGAAGACAAAGUUUGUUACCAAAAGAUGUGCAGUGCAUGAAGAAUGCCAGUUAGCCGGCUGUAGACGUCACAAAAAUACACACCAUGAGUGUGUAUCUUGCUGUGAAGGGAUGGUUUGUAACGUAGAGCUGCCGACCAAUCACAGUAAUGCAGUGUUUUCUCCGAGACAAACCCACAGCUCAGCAGCACCCACUUUCAGGGACUGGGAUACUGUGAUCCUGCUGAUCCCGGCUCUCACUGGACUGUUACCGUUGUGAUCCUCAGUCAGGAGAACUUGUUUGGUGAUAAACAACACUACAAGUGAAUGAAGCC